GUGAUUUUUCCAGCCCUUGAUAUACGUGUGAAAAAUGUGGCACAGACAUAUUCCCUCGAACACAAGGGUGAAAGUAAUCUUUUUGAUCAUCUAUUUGAGCUGUUAAAUUCUACCACCCAUAAUAAUGAAAGUUUCCUGAGAGAGUUAGCAUUCUGCACGGGAGCCCUACAGACAUCAGUGAGUCAACACAUGGCUAAGGAAGAGCAGCAGGUGUUUCCUCUGCUCAUUGAAAAGUUCUCUCUUGAAGAACAGGCAUCUUUGGUUUGGCAGUUUCUAUGCAGUAUUCCUGUGAAUAUGAUGGCAGUUUUUCUUCCAUGGCUUUCAACAUCUAUAUCACCUGAUGAAUCUCAGGAUCUGCGGAAGUGCUUAGGCAAAAUAGUGCCACAGGAAAAGCUUCUUCAGAAGGUUAUUUUCACUUGGAUGGAAGGGAGAAGUGGUGCUCUUGCAGUUGAAAAUUGUGUUGAUCAUUCUCAGUUUCGAGGUUCUUGUUGCCCACUAACCCACCAGAUUGAGACAGUAGAGUGUGCGUGUGAGUUCACAACAACUGGGAAAAGGAAAUAUUCUGAAUCUGGUCUAGAUGUUUCUGAUAUUGGUGGAACACAUCCUAUAGAUGAAAUAUUGCUGUGGCAUGAUGCAAUAAAAAAAGAGUUAAGUGAGAUAGUGGUGGAGACCAGGAAGAUACAGCUUUGUGGAGAUUUUACUAUUCUAUCAGCUUUUAAUGAAAGAUUGCAAUUUAUCUCUGAAGUUUGCAUAUUUCACAGUAUUGCUGAGGACAAGGUUAUAUUUCCAGCUGUAGAUGGUGAAUUUUCUUUCUCUCAAGAGCAUGCCGAAGAGGAAAGCCAAUUUAAUGACUUUCGGAGUUUGAUUGAAGCUAUUCAGAAUGAAGAAGCAACAUCUAGUUCAGACGUUGAAUUUUAUUCCAAGUUAUGCUCACAAGCUGAUCAGAUAAUGGAAACUAUACAAAGACAUUUUCAUAAUGAAGAAGUUCAAGUUCUUCCACUUGCUCGGAAGCACUUUAGCUUUGGAAGGCAACGUGAACUUCUAUACCAAAGUUUGUGCAUGAUGCCUUUGAAAUUGAUUGAACGCGUCCUGCCAUGGCUGGUAGGAUCAUUAACCGAAGAUCAAGUGAAGGCAUUUUUAAGAAAUAUGCAAUUGGCAGCUCCAGCAACAGAUUCUGCUCUAGUCACACUCUUCUGUGGUUGGGCUUGCAAGGCUCGUAAUGAGGGCUUGUGUUUGUCUUCAAGUGCAUUGGGUUGCUGUCCUGCUCAAAGACUUGCUGACAUUGAAGAAAAUUUUGUCCAGUCAUCCUGUCCUUGUGGCACUUCAGCAUUAUCGGUUAGGGAUUACUCAUUGCUAGGUGAACUAGAUGAGAACAAAAGACCAGUUAAGCGGAGCAUAUUGGAAUUAUGCAAGAAUGGAGAUUUCUCUGAAACUUCAGAGUCUGAAAGUAUUGAGAAACAAUGUUGUAGUGCGAGGUCUUGUUGCGUACCAGGUUUAGGAGUAAGCAGUAAUAAUUUGGGGCAAAGCUCUCUUUCUACUGUCAAGUCCUUGCGCUCCCUGUCUUUCAACUCUUCUGCUCCAUCUAUAAAUUCCAGUCUUUUCAUAUGGGAAACAGAUAAUAACUCGUGUGAUAACUCUGCAGAAAGACCCAUUGAUACUAUAUUUAAAUUUCACAAAGCUAUACGCAAAGAUUUGGAGUAUUUAGAUAUUGAGUCUGGAAAACUUAGUCAUGGUGAUGAGACAAUUCUUCGGCAGUUUACUGGAAGAUUUCGUCUUUUAUGGGGUCUAUAUAGAGCUCACAGUAAUGCUGAAGAUGAUAUCGUAUUUCCAGCUCUGGAAUCCAAAGAAUCACUUCAUAAUGUGAGUCAUUCAUACAUGCUGGACCAUAAGCAGGAAGAAAAAUUAUUUGAAGAUAUUUCCCAUGUUCUUUCUGAGCUCUCUGUCCUUCAUGAAGACUUUCAGAUGACCAGUGUGUCUACCGCAACUUCUGAUGUCAGUUUUAGAGAUAAUAACAGAAAGUACAAUGAGCUAGCAACUAAACUUCAAGGGAUGUGCAAAUCCAUAAGAGUGACACUGGAUCAGCAUAUUUUUAGGGAAGAGCUUGAGCUCUGGCCAUUGUUUGGGAGACAUUUUACUGUCGAAGAACAAGACAAGAUAGUGGGGCGGAUAAUUGGGACUACAGGUGCAGAAGUUCUACAAUCUAUGCUACCGUGGGUAACUUCUGCACUUACUGAGGAUGAACAGAACAAAAUGAUGGAUACAUGGAAGCAGGCAACAAAAAAUACUAUGUUCAAUGAAUGGCUUAAUGACUGCUGGAAAGAAAGUCCAUCGGCUAUAUUGCAGAGAGAAACACCAGAGCAAACUGCUUCUCUAAAAGGUACUGAACAUCAGGAAAGCAUGGACCUGAAUGAUCAGAUGUUCAAGCCAGGUUGGAAAGACAUAUUCCGGAUGAAUCAGAAUGAGCUUGAGUCAGAGAUCCGGAAGGUUUAUCAAGAUUCAACUCUUGAUCCAAGAAGAAAAGCAUAUCUUGUGCAGAAUCUAAUGACUAGUCGAUGGAUAGCUGCACAACAAAAGUUACCUAAAGCUAAAGCUGGGGAUUCUGCUGAUGGGGAAAGAAUUGAAGGACGCUCAGCAUCAUUUCAGGACCAGGAGAAACAAAUAUUCGGAUGUGAACACUAUAAAAGAAACUGCAAACUUAGAGCUGCAUGCUGUGGCAAGUUGUUUGCAUGUAGAUUUUGCCAUGACAAUGUGAGCGAUCACUCAAUGGAUAGAAAAGCAACUUCAGAAAUGAUGUGUAUGCGUUGCUUGACUAUACAGCCAGUUGGGCCAAUAUGCAUGACACCUUCAUGUAAUGGAUUUUCAAUGGCCAAAUACUAUUGCAACAUAUGCAAAUUUUUUGAUGAUGAAAGGAAUGUAUAUCACUGCCCAUUUUGCAAUUUGUGCCGUGUGGGGAGGGGGCUUGGGAUUGAUUAUUUUCAUUGUAUGAAAUGCAACUGCUGCCUGGGGAUGAAAUCGGCAUCUCACAAGUGCCUGGAGAAAGGGUUAGAAAUGAAUUGCCCUAUUUGCUGUGACUUCUUAUUUACAUCAAGUGCUACAGUCAGAGCUCUACCUUGUGGUCAUUAUAUGCAUUCAGCUUGCUUUCAGGCUUACACUUGUAGUCACUACACGUGUCCAAUCUGCAGCAAAUCAUUGGGUGACAUGGCGGUUUACUUUGGCAUGCUUGAUGCUUUAUUGGCUGCUGAGGAGCUCCCAGAAGAGUACAGGGGCCGUUAUCAGGACAUACUUUGCAAUGACUGCGAACGAAAGGGGUGUUCUCCCUUCCACUGGCUGUAUCACAAAUGUGAAUUUUGUGGCUCUUACAAUACCCGUGUGAUCAAGACGGAGCCAUCAAAUUCCCGUUGCUCUUAGUCUCACUUGUGACAAAAGGCGCUUGACACGGUCUGUAAAUAGUUGUAUAGCCUAUUCAAUUUUCCCUCAAUUAGUAACGUGGUCCUCCUUUUAUGUUAUACGCAAUGGAGUGAGUGUAGAGGCCUUUAAUGAGUAAUCUUCUCGUGAGCCGAAGAUAGAUGCGCGAAAUCAAUUUUAUAGCUGUCUAUUGUCAUGUACAGGCUAUCUUGAGUACUUUCCUUUAUUCAAUAUGUAUUUUUGCAUCUCCCUUCUAUCUCCUUUUUCUCUUUAUUCUUCAGAUCAAUAAUUAAAGCUUGUUAAGGUGUGACAUAAUACAUUGCAUUUGUUUCAAA